UGAAAAAUCUAUUAUAACCCACUCAAUGUUUUUAUCAGAUGAUUACUUAAACAAACCAGGGUUUUUCUUUGAAGCUGCAUCAUCAUCAUCAUCAAAGGCUACAAAUUUUCUUCAAGAUUUUCAAAGUUUUGAUCAGUUUCAUGCAAAUGGGUCAUCUUUAAAUCCAAUGUCUAUGGUGCAAACAGGGUCAAAUUUUGAAACUUUUGAUGUUUUUCCAUUUGGGUCCUCUUCAACAGAUAUGGAAUUUCAUGAUUAUGAAUGCAAACCAUUUGCAGCCGGCGGCGGUGGUGGAGGGCACUAUAGUCAAGUUAUGGAUAAUUUCCAAAGAAAUAAUAAUCUUUUUGAUCAUCAUUAUAUGAUCAUGGGAUCAAAUAAUAUUCAUCAAGCUCAUUUUCAGGAGAUUAAGCCUUUGAAUUUUGUUAUACCAGAUGAAGUGUCGUGUACUGUCACUGCUAAUCAAUAUAACAGUAAGCAGGAUCAGUACCACCGUAAGAGAGGCGGUGGCGGUGGUGUUAAUAAGAGCAACGCUAGGGUUUUGCCUUCUACGAGAAGAACAUGGAAAGCUCGGAAGAAGAAUAAUGUAGUCAAAGGGCAAUGGACAUCGGAUGAAGAUAGGCUAUUGACUCAGCUGGUGGAACAGUACGGAAUCAGAAAAUGGUCUCAUAUAGCUCAGAUGUUGCCUGGGAGAAUUGGGAAACAAUGUAGAGAAAGAUGGCAUAAUCAUCUUAGACCUGAUAUCAAAAAGGAGAUAUGGAGUGAGGAAGAAGAUAAGGUACUAAUCGAAGCUCAUGCAGAGAUCGGAAACAAAUGGGCAGAAAUUGCGAAAAAAUUACCAGGCCGAACCGAAAACUCGAUCAAAAAUCACUGGAACGCAACAAAAAGAAGACAAUAUUCAAAGAGAAAAUGUAGGUCUAAGUAUCCAAGAGGUUCACUUCUUCAAGAUUACAUCAAAAGCUUGAACUUAGACUCAUGCCCUACAGCAAGAUCAUCAUACAGUACUAGCCACCCCAAAAAUCAAGAUCAGAAUCAUGUGGUAUCAUCAUUUAAUCAUCAGUUUAAUCAAAAUGAUGAUAAGUUGUUGGUUCCCAUGAGUAAUUUCGGGUUGCCGGAUUUUGAGUUUGAUGAGAAAGUUAUGUUUCAAGAAGGGUGCAGCUUUGAGUCUCUGCUUGAUGAGAAAAGCUUUGAGAUGAUGGAUCAUGUGGCGGCGGUGAUGGAGGAUGUGACUCCGUUAAUGGCGAAUUUUGAGGUGAAGAAGGAGCUGGAUUUAGUGGAGAUGAUCACUCAAGCCAAUAUGUAA